CGAAGAUGAUAAAGUCGAAAGUUGUGGAGAUUGCGGUCAAGUAUGCGCUGAGGUCCUCGAAACAGUGCAUGCAGGUUCGGAUCUAAAGGAAUAGUACGGAGCCAAGUUGCGGUAGACUCGUAGUGCAGCAAGUACACGACAACGAUAUGUGACGAAAGGUUGACGACAAACAGAUCUGGCACGCAGAAAGCAUCGUGUGUGUGAAGGCUUCCUUCCUUAGAGCUCGACACAUGGACGGAGGCAUUUCAAGUCCUCAUGGGUCAUUCGAUGGCAGGUGUAAGUGUGCGCGUGUUUGUGUGACAUGCCACCAAGCCAAGCGUGGAGUUUGGCAGACAUUGCAUCUCUUUGAGCCCUUUGGCGAGCGUGUCGGGGUUUGAACACUUAUCAUUGGAUUUGGCAGACGAGUUUUUGGAUAGAUUUUUACUACGAAAGCAUAUUUGAAGAACGCAGGUGUCGCCCGCACGCCGCACGAGCAAGGAGAGCAGAGAUGGCGCAACGUAUGAAAGGGGAGGCUCCUUUCUACCAUCUUAUCUUUAAUCGAGUUAGCAAUGUGAUUCUCUUUGUACGGCCGUGUUCAGGAAUGGUUAUGUUUUUUCUCAUCUUUGUCAUCGGGAAAGGGAUGACGGGCCCGGCGGCAUGGUUCAUGUUUGUAUUUUCUGUUGUGGCUAUGAUAGCGGCGUCAACUGGCCUUGGAGGAAUGGAUAGGAAGGUUCUUCGAAAGUGUCAUGUUGGCUUCAUGACGAUAUCGGUAUUGGGAUCAUUCGCGAUGGCUAUGGUACUUUUUGGAAGGCGGCCUGAGGUAGUCAAGGAUAUCCCGAACAAACGGUACUCAGCUGAGAAGACUAUAAAGAUACUUUAUGGUGUGGCGUGGUUUUUCCUGUCCUUAUUCCUUUUUCAGUUGCUAAUGCUUCUGGUAGACGCACUCUUUCGGCAAUACAUAUCAAAACAUUCAUAUGAGAUGGACCUAGUCGGUAUGGUGAACUAUAUUUAAGAAGAGCAAGGCGCAGCACAGUCAGUCGACUAACGGCGACGAAUAGCAGAAAGGAGGAUAAGGAGAGGGAUUUCUGCGCUCAAGGCGUUUCAACUUUCAACUGUCAAGGUUGGCUCGCGUGACCAAUUUUCACGGCAUUAAUGCCGUUUCACUGCUAUAGCGCUUGCGCGGGCACCUAUAUGGAGAGGCUGUAAUAACACCGCUCGUUUUCCCCCUAACUAUGGAUGAGUAUCGUAUAGCACUUGCUGUGAUGGAUAUAGUACCUGAUGGCACGUGGGACAAGAGCGGUGCAAGUACCAGAUGGGCGGUGCUAUAGCCAUAGGUGUAGUCAUAGCCAGCCAGGGAGAAGGGCUCGCACUGCUAGGAUAGACUCAGGCAAGAGGAAGAGUGGGACGCUGGCGAGCCAGGAAGAAGGGUGGUGCUAUAUAGCCAUAGCCACCCAGGAAAAAGGAGGGUGCUUUCACCAUAGCCAGAACAAAAGAAGGCGGGUGCU